GUAACCAACGAGCAUCCGAGGCGUUCUCCUGUUCGGGACAGGGGAGUCGUACAGAAGCCGUCUACCUCCAUGCCGGCUCUCAGGAUGGGGAGCUCUGAGAAAGCUGCUUUGUUUGGCUGGGGCUCCUUCGCUCAGCUCACGGUCUGAAGAGGAGCGGGAAGCAUCUCGGUGGAGGGGCAGGGGGGGCGAGGGCGGAUCAUAACCACGACCUGCCAGGCCCAGGCUCAGCACAGCAGGAGUAUGUCAGCGCCGGGAGGCCCUUCGUGGAUGUGUUGCUCUGCAGCCAAGGUCAACCUUCUGCUGUGGAUGGGGCUGGCGUCCAUCUGCGUGGCUGCCGUUCAGACCCAGCAGCACCCGGUGGUCACCACCAAUUAUGGGAAAUUGCGUGGAGUGAAGGUUACAUUACCCAAUGAGAUCCUGGGACCGGUGGAACAAUAUUUGGGGAUCCCGUAUGCGCUAGCCCCAACGGGGGAGCGGAGGUUCCAGCCACCGGAGCCGCCCAUGUCCUGGCCGGGCAUCAGGAAUGCUACCCAAUUUGCUCCGGUUUGUCCUCAGUUCUUAGAGGACCGCUUUUUGCUCAAUGAUAUGCUCCCUGUGUGGUUCACCGCCAACUUGGAUACAGUGGUAACCUACGUGCAGGAGCAGAGCGAGGACUGCCUUUACCUGAACAUCUAUGUCCCCACAGAGGACGAUAUCCACGAUGAGAACGGGUUAAAGCCGGUCAUGGUUUACAUUCAUGGAGGCUCCUACAUGGAGGGAACUGGGAACAUGAUUGACGGCAGCAUCCUGGCCAGCUACGGGAACGUCAUCGUCAUCACAAUCAACUACCGGCUCGGUGUUCUGGUACCAUCUCCAAUCUCAGAUCUGUUCCAGAAAGCCAUCAUCCAGAGUGGGACAGCACUGUCCAGCUGGGCGGUCAACUAUCAGCCUGCCAAGUACACGCGAGCCCUUGCUGAGAAGGUGGGCUGCAACAUGCUGGACACCAUCGAUCUGGUUGAGUGUCUGCAAAACAAGAACUACAAGGAGCUGAUCGAGCAGUACAUCACACCUGCAAAGUACCACAUCGCUUUUGGGCCUGUGAUCGAUGGGGACGUCAUCCCAGAUGACCCCCAGAUCCUCAUGGAGCAAGGGGAGUUCCUCAACUACGAUAUCAUGCUGGGGGUCAAUCAGGGUGAGGGGUUUAAGUUCGUAGAUGGCAUCGUGGACAGCGAGGACGGGGUUUCUGCUAAUGAUUUUGACUUUGCUGUGUCGGACUUUGUGGACCAUCUCUAUGGCUACCCGGAAGGCAAGGACACUCUGCGCGAGACCAUCAAAUUCAUGUACACGGACUGGGCAGACAAGGAGAACCCAGAGACCCGGCGCAAGACCCUGGUGGCUUUGUUCACUGACCACCAGUGGGUGGCACCAGCAGUGGCCACAGCCGACCUCCACGCCCAGUAUGGCUCACCCACCUACUUCUACGCUUUUUAUCACCACUGUCAGAGCGAUAUGAAGCCCAGCUGGGCUGACUCGGCCCACGGUGAUGAAGUACCGUACGUGUUUGGAAUUCCCAUGAUUGGCCCAACAGAUCUCUUCAACUGCAACUUCUCCAAGAAUGACGUGAUGCUGAGUGCUGUCGUCAUGACCUACUGGACUAACUUUGCUAAAACAGGGGAUCCGAACCAACCGGUCCCGCAGGAUACAAAGUUCAUCCACACCAAACCCAACCGCUUUGAGGAGGUAGCCUGGACCAAGUACAACCCCAAAGACCAGCUCUACCUUCACAUCGGCCUCAAACCUCGAGUCCGAGACCACUACCGUGCUACCAAGGUCGCUUUCUGGUUAGAACUGGUCCCGCAUCUGCACAACAUCAAUGAAUUCUUUCAAUACGUAUCCACCACCACCAAAAUCCCCCCGCAGGACACCACGCCGUACCCUUACACCAAGCGCUUCCCUGGCAAAAACAACUGGCCGUCCACCACCCGUCACCCAGGGGUCCCACCUGCCAACACCAAACAGACCACGGACCAGCGCAAGAGUGGCGAUCUGACCGAUGAGUCCACCGUGGUGAUCGAGACCAAGAGGGACUACUCCACCGAGCUCAGCGUCACCAUUGCAGUUGGAGCCUCGUUGCUCUUUCUGAACAUCCUCGCUUUCGCCGCACUCUACUACAAAAAAGACAAGCGGCGGCACGAGUCCAACCGGCGCGUCCCCACCCCUCAGCGCAACUCAACUCCGGCAAACGCACCUUCGACCGCCAACGACGUUGCGCACCUGCAAAGCGAGGAGCUCAUGACUCUGCAGAUGAAGCAGCAGCUGGAGCACGAGCACCACCACGAGUGCGAGUCGAUGCAGACCCACGAUACUUUACGCCUCACCUGCCCGCCCGACUACACCCUCACCCUGCGGCGCUCGCCCGACGACAUACCCUUGAUGACACCGAGCACCAUCACCAUGAUCCCCAACUCACUGGCUGGCAUGCAGCCUCUGCACAACUUCAAUACUUUUGGUGGCAGCCAGAACAGUACCAACUUACCCCACGGCCACUCCACCACACGGGUAUAGCUCCACUGGGACCGGAUGGCGCCCGAUUCCUUUCGGAUUCCAACCUCGCAAGGCAUGAGUGACUGAUUGCGCGAAGCACAGACUCAGAAGAUGUUAUUUUGCUACCAUGCCUUCUUGAAAAGCAUAUUCAGAAUAAAUCGACAAUGGACUCAUGACGAUACUCAAAGUGAAUGUUAUUGUAGUAAUAACUCGAUUUGGAGCCGAGCUUCAACGGAAGGUCCACGAGGAGUUUUACCAAAAGAAAAGGCAACAGGGGAUGACUCUUGAUAUUCUUACAAUUAUAAAAAAAAAAAAACAGAACAGAAGCUUUUGUGACAUACCAACAAUCGAACGUCGGAAACAUAAUCUUUUCAUGGUCCUUCAUGCAUCGGAGACCUUGACUUGGGCACAGAAUUCUACA